UCCAAAUCAACUCUAUCUUUUCAACCAACACAAUAACAUCCUCUUUCAUCCAUCCCAUUUAAGCACUCUCAAUCGUCGUCACCAUCACCCUGAUCUUCAUCUUCAGGGGUUGCAUCGUAACUAUCCUAAAAGAUGCACUCAUUUCCCUCAUAUGUCUGCACAACAAAGUACGAUUUCCAUCAUUGAUUCUCUUCCUUUUUCUCUUUCCCUUCGAUACCCAGAUCGUAAUUUUUACUCCCUGUGGAUAAAUCAAAAGUUUCUAGCUUUUGUGGGAGGUUUUCAGUUUUCCGUAUAACGUUGGGUUGAUGCGUGUAAUUUAGUGUUUUCAUCGAGUUAUGUCAGACUAUCGUUAGCAGUUGCUAUAUCUUUUCUUUUUCCUUUUCUUUUAUCGCCUUUUUUGUGAGUUUUUGAAAAUACCCUUAUCGAAUUACCGGCGAAAUUGCUGUUUUUUUAUCUGGGUAUUGGAUUAUUAUAUAUAAUUUAUUUUAUAUAUAUAUAUAUAUACACACACACACAAAGGUGGUUUUAUUGCAUGCAAGUUUGGUUACCAAAUGGGAAUGGAGAAAGUAUCAGGUGAAAGGAAGAAGAGGAGAAUGAGGCAGAAGAAAAUAACAGCAGUUCAGAAGCUGUAUGAUACGUGCAAAGAAGUCUUUGCCAAUUGUGGACCUGGAGUUGUUCCAUCUGAUGAGGGUAUUGAACGCCUAAAGGAUAUUUUAAACGGGAUGACUCAACUUGACGUUGGUGUACGGCCUAAUAUGCCUUAUUUCAGAAUUAGAGAAACAGGAGGAUUUCCUAAAAUUACAUAUCUACACCUUUCUGAAUGUGACAAGUUUUCGAUUGGAAUUUUCCUCUUGCCACCAUUCGGUGUACUCCCGCUCCAUAAUCAUCCUCAGAUGACGGUUUUCAGUAAGCUUCUCUUUGGAACCAUGCACAUCAAAGCUUAUGAUUGGGUGGACGAUGGCGCUUUGAUAUCAUCUGCUCCUAAAGCGGAUUCAUCAGAGGCUGAAGUAAAACCUGUUAGUGUACGUUUGGCCAAACUGAAGGUUGAUUCUGACUUCACCGCCCCUUGCAACACGUCGAUUCUUUAUCCGACAGAUGGCGGUAACAUGCACUGCUUCACCGCAUUGACCUCAUGUGCUGUGCUCGAUGUUCUUGGCCCGCCAUACAACGAUCCUGAAGGCAGACACUGCCAAUACUAUCAAACUUACCCUUUUGCUCAUUUCUCAGCUGACGAUAAAAAGUUGGAUGAUGGAGAGAAGAGCGAAGACUACGCAUGGCUGGAAGAGAUAGAGAAACCCAAGGGGUUAGCUGUGAUCGGAGCAAUCUACAACGGACCAAAAAUCGUCGAGAAAUGAAGCGGAUUUAAAAACUCUGUGUUUGUAUUUUCUGUUUUUUUUGGGGUAAAGAUGGUGUACAUAAUUUGAGCACAGCCAUAGAAAAGGGUUCAUGUAGAAUUUGGUGAUUCAAAUCUUAGCAAUUGGGAGAAAGUGUUGGCUAUAAAAGGGAGGGAAUAGAAAGAAAGAAAGAAAGAAAGAGUACUUUUCUUGAAUUGUUUGAGACAGACAUAGAGACAUGUUGGUGUUAUAAAUGGGUCCAUAUUUCCAUGGUUUUGCUCAA